AUGACUGCCAGGGUGACUGUAAUUGCAACCGAUUUAUCCGAAGAAAUGCAAGAAGUGGUGUUGGAUUCUAUCCAGGAAGUUGCAUAUAUUCCAAACUCCAUGGGAAGAAAAAAAGCACUACUUGAAGAGCGGUUGAGGAGGAAGUUCAGCACCGGUUGGCGAGUUGUACUGACGGAUAUAGCACAAUGCCCUCGGAAUGAGCAACUACGCCACUUCAUUCACGUGAAGGUCGGGGACAUGAGCUACCUGGUUUACAAGCCAUUGUCAAGCUGA